CGGGAGCGCGUGUCUGUGCCCGCAGGGGAGCUGCGCGACUACUUCGCCCAGUUCGGCGCCGUGCAGCGCUGCCAGCUGCCCUUCGACAGAGACACAGGCUUUCACAAACGCUACGGCUGGAUUAAAUUCUCAUCUCCAGAAGAUGUACAGAAUGUGUUCCAGAAGGACUCCCACAUACUUGAGGGUGCCAAGCUCUACCUCAGACAGCAGCAAGGUAGAAGACGUGUUCAGACAAAGCAAGAGUCGAAGUGAACGAGCAGUGGAAGGCAGCUUUAUUUCACUACAUGUGAAGA